CAAGAAUUUAAAUAUAAAGAUCGUAAAAUACAAUCUUUUCAGUCUCUCUAUUAAAAUAUAUAUUAUUAUUAUUAAGAUCCUCGGUUUCCUUGGGGCAUAAGUUAGAUCUUUGGUCUAUAAGAUACAACUAGCUAGAUCCUCGGUUUUCUUUGGUCUAUAAGAUACAACUAGAUCUUUGGUCAAUAAGAUACAACUAGAUUUUUCAAACGUACAGUUAAUCACUGAGAAACUUCCUUACAAGUUACAAAAGCAACACAAAUAUCACCAUUUUACAUACUACUGCUCACUUCCUUUGCUUCUGUUCUUCAAUGGUGAUUCGCUCUCUGCUACAAUGCAGAACAUGGUCUAAGAGUGACUGGCUUCUCGCUUCAAUCGGAAUAGUCUUGAUCGUUUAUUCCUUUUCUUUGUCCUUCAAUUCAACUUCAGACUCUAUCCCCUCCGUUGACCGUAGCGAUCUAGUUAAACUGAAGCUGUCGAGUAAAGCUAAAGAGAGAGGAGCUUUUUGCUUAGAUGGAAGCUUACCUGGUUAUCACUUUCAUAAGGGUUCAGGAUCUGGCUCCAAUAGCUGGCUUCUUUAUUUAGAGGUAUUCUUAUUUGUCGACUGAAUUUGAAUUUAUUUCUACUUGGGAGUUAGAAGAUAUUACAGUGAGAUUUUAUAAAAGGGUGGAGGCGGGUGCCGUACAAUUGAGUCAUGUUCUGCUAGAGCAAUGACUAGGUUAGGUUCUUCCAACUUCUUUGAACAUGAAGUGCCUUUUUUUGGCGUUUUAAGCAGUGACCCAUCUCAAAACCCUGACUUCUUUAACUGGAACAGAGUUAUGAUACGGUACUGUGAUGGUGCUUGUUUUUCUGGACACCCUGAAGCUGAAUUCAAGAAUGAAACACGGCUUUUCUUCCGCGGCCAGCUCAUUUGGGAGGCUAUCAUGGAUGAAUUGUUGUCGAUGGGCAUGUCACAUGCGAAACGUGCCAUGCUCACAGGAUGUUCUGCUGGUGGCUUGUCUACUCUAAUACAUUGUGACUACUUUCGAGACCAUCUGCCUAAAGAUGCAACUGUUAAAUGUGUUUCCGAUGGAGGCUAUAUUCUUAAUGUGCUUGAUGUCCUUGGAAACCCAACAAUGGGAUCUUUCUUUCAUGAUGUUGUUACCCUGCAGAGCGUAGAUAAGAGCUUGGAUCAGAAUUGUGUUGCCAAAAUGGAACCAUCUAAGUGUAUGUUUCCUCAAGAAUCUCUUAAAAACAUAAGAACUCCGGUAUUUCUUGUCAACACAGCCUACGAUUAUUGGCAGAUUCAAAACGGCCUGGUACCAGAUUCUCCGGAUCUAGAUGAAAGAUGGAAAAUUUGUAGACUCAAUAUUCAGGAAUGUGAUGCCGCACAAAUGAAAGUUCUGCAUGGUUUCCGCAGUUCCCUGAUCGAUGCGAUAGGAGAAUUUCAUGUGAACAAAGAGGGUGGGAUGUUUAUAAAUUCGUGCAAUUCUCAUUGCCAGAUAAGAGAGUCAUGGCAUUCCGCAACCUCAACAAGAAUCGAAAAUAAGACGAUUGCAGAGUCUGUAGGUGAUUGGUACUUCAACCGAAAACCGGUGAAGCUAAUCGAUUGUCCUUAUCCGUGCAAUGCCUCUUGUUGAACAUGGAUUUUCCGUAUGUUAAUCAUUGGAACUGAAAUAGAUUGUAUCGUUUUGAUCUUAUUACGAUAGCUUUUAUAACAGUAGAAAUGUAAUAGUGCAUGUUAUUAACGGUGCAUGUUUUUCCUUUUUAUAUAACCGAAACGUGAAUUAUAUAAGUGUGGAUGUGACGAACCAUAUGAAUAAGGUAUCUCCCUAAAUGAGC